UUCAAUUUAUUGAGUUUUAUGGGGAAUGUUUUAGUAGACUGCUUCUGUCUGCUAUCUGGAGGAGAAUGUUGAACUAUUUACUUGUACCUAUUAUCGGAAUGUAGUGGCUUUCGUCUUCGGUAUGUUUUGUUUAUCUUUAUUUUACGAAGUGGGAAAACGUAUUGGAUGUCAUUAGUGGAGAAAGUUGCGUGUCUUAAUUAUAAAUGUGUGGCUAUUAAUGAAGGAGCCGAGAUUCUGAGAAAACAGAUGGGGUUUUCAUCAAACCUUCAGAGCAAGGCUGCUCAUGAAGCUUUGCUCUGUCGGCAAGAUGCAGAGCUUCGUCUGUUGGAUACUAUGCGACGUUGUCUAGCUAACAAAGUAAAGUGUGAUCGUGAGUAUGCUGUGGCCAUUACAUCUGUGGCAUUGCAAGGACAAAAACUAGAACGGGCAGAGGAUUUGGUUGGAAGUUUAGUUGCACAGGCAUGGAAGAACAUGCUGGAAGAAUUGGACAACACUGCAAGGCUAAUCAAACAUAAUGCAGACUCAUUAGAGAGCAAGAGCUUAGAUAAAUUAAACUCCCUUUACGCUGAAAAACGGAGAGCCAGGAAGCAGUAUCAGGAGGAACACAACAGAAUUGUUGCCCAGUUUACCCAUUUUACUGAGGAUGUAGCUCGAAAGAAGACAGAAUAUCAGAAGUACCUGGAGUUGUACAAACUCAUGCGAUCAAGGUUUGAGGAGCACUAUAUUAAAUCUGGUAGAGGUGGUCGUAAGCUGGAUGAUGUGCGAGAUAAAUACCAGAAAGCAUGUCGCAAACUUCACUUGACACACAAUGAAUAUGUGUUGUUGCUAUGUGAGGCAGCUGAAUAUGAGCGAGACUUUCGUACAGUGCUUCUUCCAGGUCUGCUUGACCAUCAAGAAGCUGUUCAGGAGGCCUUUAUUAUUUCUUGGCGAACCGUCCUUGAGGAAGUAGCACAGUACACAAGUCUCUGUUCUGAAAAGUUUCGUGAUGCACAGAGUAGAGUGGAGACCAGUUUAGAAGCCAUCAAACCAAACCAAGAGUAUAAAGACUUUACAGAGAAGAACAAAACAGCUCCGGCAUCACCAGUUCUCUUCACAUUUGAUAACAGUCUUGUUGAGGACACAUCAGGAAAGUUGUUACCAAGCCAGCUGACAGUGGACAAUCUAACUAUAGAAUGGUUGAGAGCAAAGUUAGUGCAGCUAGAGUCCAGUGUGAAGGAAGUGCAGGAGAAACAGGCCAGUCACAGUUCCCAUGUUGAUCUUGCUAACAACAAGAAUACACACGUAGACAUGCUUACAAGGGUGGAUCAUGGCAGGAGAGAACUAGAAGAGCUACGAUGCCGGGAGAGAGAAAUGCAGCAUCAGGUGGAGGUGAUCAAAAGUGCGCUUAGUGAACUCGGCUGUGAAGAAGUGCCACCUGGUUGUGACCUCUCCAUAGACUCGUCCUUUGUGGAUAACCAUACCAAUAUGGGGACACCCAACACAGAGCAGCAACAGGGUGGUGAACGCUCCUCCUCAACAUUCACUUUGAAAAGACAGCAUCAACAGCGCUUAGUAGAAAUCCUUCGCAAACCGUUCCGCAGAUUAUCUGCUCCUUCCUCCCCUAUUUUACCCCCUCGCAGUGCAGGGGAGGGACGGGAAGAGGAGAAAAACACUUCCCAGACUACUGAUGAUGAGAAAAUGUCACUGUCUGCUCAUCGACCACUGGUGGACGAGGAAUGGUUUCAUGGUGUUUUGCCUCGUGAAGAGGUGGUGAGGCUGUUGACACAUGAAGGAGACUUCCUAGUAAGGGAAACGACCAGAAAUGAUGAGUGUCAGACUGUUUUGUCGGUGUGCUGGGGUGGGCACAAACAUUUCAUUGUGCAGACUACAGCAGAGGGUCACUUCCGGUUUGAAGGACCAGCAUUCCCGACAAUACAGGAACUUAUACUGCAUCAGUACCAAAGUGGUCUGCCUGUCACGGGAAGGUCUGGUGCUGUUUUGAGAAAACCCAUUUUAAGAGAACGCUGGGAACUCAACAAUGAUGAUGUUGUUCUGCUGGAUAAGAUUGGGCGGGGCAAUUUUGGAGAUGUGUACAAAGCACAUCUCAAGACUGGCAAGAAGGAAGUGGCCGUGAAAACAUGUCGCAUGACUCUACCAGAUGAACACAAGAAGAAGUUCCUGCAAGAAGGGCGUAUACUAAAGCAGUAUGACCACCCAAACAUUGUAAAAUUGAUUGGCAUUUGUGUCCAGAAACAGCCUAUCAUGAUUGUAAUGGAGCUGGUACCAGGAGGUUCGCUGCUCACGUUUCUGCGGAAUCAUGCUGGAAGUCUGACACAGAAACAAUUACUUGGAAUGUGUCGAGAUGCGGCUGCUGGAAUGCGCUAUCUUGAGUCAAAGAACUGUAUCCACCGAGAUUUAGCUGCUCGAAAUUGUCUAGUCGGUUAUGAAAACAUUGUGAAGAUAUCAGAUUUUGGAAUGUCACGAGAAGAAGAAGAAUACAUAGUAUCAGAUGGAAUGAAACAAAUUCCUAUCAAGUGGACAGCCCCUGAAGCAUUGAAUUUUGGCAAAUACACAUCCCUGUGUGAUGUGUGGAGCUAUGGAGUACUGGCAUGGGAGAUAUUUUCACAUGGAGGGACACCAUACAGUGGACUUAGCAAUUCCAAAGCAAGAGAGAAAAUAGACACUGGUUAUCGGAUGCCUGCACCAGAAGGCACUCCAGAUGAAAUGUAUCGUCUUAUGUUAAGGUGCUGGGAAUAUGAACCAGAAAAUCGUCCACAUUUUGACCAGAUAUUUUUGGUUGUUGACACACUGUAUGGUGCACAUAGAUAGUACCUAUUCUACAAACCCAUCAUCCUGUCUUCAUUUCCAUUAUUUUGGAUAAUUUAUUAGGUUCACCACAGGAACUUUCAGUACAUAAUAUAAAUUAGUGGUGUAGAAAGAGUAUCAUUUCAUACGGUGUUUCUGUGUGAGAUUUAUUUAGUUGCACUCUACAGGCAGAAAAUGUCUUUCAACCCAAGUAUUAUGUUUCCUCUUCAUUUCUAUGAAAAACAAAAAUUUUGCUAUAUCAGUUAUUACAUAGUCUUGCUUGGGAAUACUCCUAAGGUGGUCAAACUUAGAUGAAUGUUAUUAAGAGGCAGUCAUUUUGGUUUCUAACUUUGGAGUAUGGAGCAGCUUUGGUAUUUCAUGUGUCAUACAAAAUCAUACUGUUUGGUAAUUGUGUGUUACUCUAGACUGAAUAUGUGUUGAAGCCUACAAAAUGGUACAUAAUUAUUAUGUGGUUAACAGAAUCAUUGUUUAAGAUUUGAGGUUUUCACAGCGGUGAGUAUGAAGAUUUCUGUCUUCCGAGUAAACAUCGACCAGACUACACAGCGCAACAUCCCAGAAGACAGAAAUCUUCAGAAUCAUUGUUCUUUUACUAGGGGUUUAUUUAUGAUAUUUUAUGGGCAUUCUUAUGUAUAAUCUUAAUGUGACUGCUUAAAACCUUGCAUACCGUGCAGUGUUUAAUAUUUAUCUAAAGUAUAAAAUCAUGCAUACAAACAUUAGCAUGCAAUCCACAACUAGAAAUGUCAAAUUGCAGGUUUGGUCUUAUGUCCAUUUUAUAAUUUUUGCACCAGUUUCCUAAGAGCAGAGGACCCAGAGACUUUGGCCGAAGUGUCAGCGUAUGUGUGAAAAAUUUAGUUCAUCAUUCUUUCAUUUCUUGGCCCUUACUCCUUUAAAGCCUAGUGGUAAGUGUAUGCAGCACCUACUUUAACGUUCAACAACUCUGUAUUGUUCCCAUAUACGUAUCUGUUAGUUUCAACAGCAGUAACUAACAUAUCAUCGUAAUGGGGCAGUGUCGUGUUUUCUUCUUGGUAGGAAUUUAAUGUUUAAAUAUUAUUUAGAGAAACUUUGGCUUUAUAGGGUUAUGUUGGUAACUGUCCAGUCAUUGUCUAGGGCUUUCAUUGAUGGGGUUUUCUCCAUUCAAUUAUUUAUUUUUUAUUAUAUUUCAGUACACUCCUUGAAUAUGAAUAUAAUUUUUGAAAGAAGUGUUAUAUGUGUGAAGUUCUGUUCAUGUUGUAUGCGUAAGUGAGACUAAAGCAUCAGCUUAUAGUCUUUUCCUCUUCAUUCCUCUUUCAGUCAUAUGAUGAAAAGGUAUAUUUUCUUGAUAUCUCAUACAAAUCAAUAAUAUGUGUAAAAUAGUUCUGAAGAAAAUGUUUGUAAUGAUAAUAUGUAAUGAAUGUGCUUUCUGAAGUAUUCAACUUUACUUUGAUCACAUUAUAAUAGUAUAAUUACUCACUCAUGCAUACUGAAACAAAUUGUGUAUAGAAGUUUGUUAAUAUUGACAUCAGAUAUUUGUGUUGCCUUGUUAAAUAGAAUUUGUACAUGAUGGAACACAGCAUUUGAUAUAUUCUCUUGAAUUUCAUAUAUGUGCUGUAAUUUGUGGAAGGAGAAAAAUGUUUAUGGGUGUUAUUUGAGAUGGAUGUUUGAAUAUUAUGCACGCAGAAAAAUUGAAAGAGAACUGUACUCUUUAGAAACUGUUCGUAGGGAACACUUAAAGUAUUAAUGCUGUAGUUAUUUUCUGUAGUUAGUAUUUGUGCAUUUUUGUACUUGACAAUAACAUGGAUUUUGAGUUAUCCAACAUUUUUUCUUUGUGUGUUCCACCAUGUAAGUAUGUAUAUUGUGUAUUUAACCAUGAAUUUAUGGAUCCAUCCAGUAUUGUAAUAUCAUGAUUACCAUGCCAUUUUUGCAAAUAUCAAGUUUUUUAUUAAAACUUGUGAAUUUGAACACAAAGUUUAAUUGCUUCCUUGAUAAUAAAUACAUAUUGGCAUGGUAUCAAUUUAGAUUAAUUAAAAUGGAGGACAGUUUAAAUGCCAUUGUAGUAUUAUUAUGUCCAUCUUGAUGCCAGUCAGAGUCAAAUUUUAUCCAGACAGAUUGUUACAGUCCACAAACAGUAUUAAGAUUUUAGUCUGUAUUUUUAUAUUAAGAAUCGCUCUAGAUUGCAGUGUAGGGACAUUUUCUGGUAAUGAGAAAUUGUUUAUGGUGUUGCAGCUCGUGGCUACAACAGUAUCCCCACAGUAUUUUCCAUGACACCCUGCUUCUUAAAUUCUUAUGUCCGUAACUUAAAUUUACUGUUUUACUAACUUUUUAUUGGGAUUCUCUGUUUAUUUUUCUACUGAGGCUGCAGUUAAAAUACAUCUGCACUUGAUGUCGUCUGUUUGCAUUUUAUAACAUGAAUGUAUGCCGUCAAAAUUAGAAUGCAAGACUCAAGUGUACUUUAUUCUUCUAUUGAAGUGAUGAGACCAGCAAACAUAGAUGGCUGAAACAGUAUAUUUUUUCAUCACCACAUUCAUUGCAUAUAUGCUGUUACUAUGGCCACUAUGACUUGUUCCUUAUUUGAAUUUUAAAUAUACUGAAAUUUCUUCUCUUAUGCUGUUAUUAGUGCAGCAUGGCUUGCAGUUGUCUACUGUCUUUCACAGUGAAGAUAAGAGAUUCUGUCCAUUUGAACAAAAGAUACAGUACUUGCUUUGACCAAGGUCAAGACAUCCUAUUUAUAGGGUUCAUUAAACUUCUAGGAGGUUGCAGACAUUUUUAUUUUUCACUGUUAUAUUUUAUUUAUUAAUGGUUGAUUUAAUGAUGAUAUUGUCUCAGAUUGUAUAGUGCCAAAAGAUAAUAUGAUUAGUGAAUAAUCAUGGCCUCAUUUAAGAUACUAUCACAGCAUUUGCCUGGAGGGACUGAGGAUAACCACAUAAGUCUAAGGCUAGCCUGUUUCUGAGCUGAGAUUUGAACCUGAGAUCUCCCACCCACAAAGCAGGAGUGCUAACUAUUCAGUUGUGAUGUUCAGUAUUGACUGUUAUGUGUGUAUUUAAAAAAAGUUAAAGAUGCCAUAGAUAUUUCAUAUUAUGGGUUUUAAUUUCAUUUGUAAUUCACAUAUUCCAGUCUACAUACUACAUAAGUGAAAAUAUUUAAACUUUUUGAGAUUUAGGUUCUCUUUGUGUGCAUUAUUACCUACCUCUCUGUUAUAUACUUCAGUCCUGAUAUUAAUACAAGUUACGAUGGAACUCCAUAGUAUAGCUUGGUGAUGAGGUGUGACAUUGAGUUGCAUGUAAGAUAUAUAUUACGUUGUCUGUAUAUUUUCGUAUGUCUUAUACAUUUAUUCAUGAUUUGCUGUGAAGGAUAUUUAAGAAUAUGGUACGUCUGUAUCUUACCAUUCUUGUUAAUAUAUCAGAUCAGUAAAACAUACAGGAUGUACCAUUUAAGAACAUAACCCAACAGGUCACAUACUAAAGUACAAACAAAGGUGAUAUAAGAAGUAGGUCCACCCUCAUGUAAUAGACCCUUCUCUUCUCCCCCAUGACACUCGAGUUUACUAUGCUAUCAUAUGCCAGUUCCACAAAAGCUGUGCAGAUGCAAACAUGGUGCAUUCAUAAGCAGAAUGUAUGUUCAUUCUUAAACAUUACUUCACUUCAAAAUCAUUUACUGUUUUUUGUGAAAGCCAUGGAUGUUUGUCCGCGUUCUUCUGUAUCGUGCUGUCCUGUGUACAGGUAGAAGCCUUGCGAUGGGCCGAUCCCUCGUCCAAGGACUCCUACCGAAUGUCUAUAGAUCAAACCAACGAAAAGUUGGGACCCACAGUGCUCAGACACUUGAAGAACAGGUCGUUCCCAGUAUCCCAGUUCUUUGUGAAGCAUUUAGCAAUGAAUAUCCUGACAAGGAAGUACUGAAUAAGACAAUACAGUGAUGGGUAACAACAUUUCAGGCACAGGAAGUGUUUGUCUGUGGCAGGUGCUCAUAGAGUGACAAACAGCUGAAAGUAUUGCUGUAAUGAUUUCAAGAAACAAUUUGAUACGGCUACAAGGAUUUAAUAUUGCCAUUUAUUUUGUUUUGUGUCGUGAAGGUGUUUGUGUAGUAAUUGGGGUUUCAUUUUAAAUGGAAAACCUGUAUAAUUGUACAAAGUUGCAUGGCUGGAGUAUUGGCGUAUAGUUCUAAUUCAUUUUCUGUGAGAUGUAUGGUUCUGAUGUGUCAGGUUUCCUUAGAAUUCUCCAUAAUUAAUUUCUCAUCACUCUUGCCAUUAUAAUUGUCAGGUACAUGAUAAAAAAUUGAACUAAUAUACACAGGAUGGAUACAAUCUGUCUAUGACUGGCUACAUGAAAUUGAUAUUGAGGUGUUGCUCCAAUGUAGUGUAACACUAAUUGCACUUAAUUUCAAAAUAAAACUCAGUGGUUCUUAAAUAUGCUAGCAGUGUUGUGAAUUUAUCUGAGAUCUUGAUCACUUUGUAUUAAUAUAAAGUUCAAUAAAAUCUUGCUCCACAUGUUUGUUAAUUAGUUGAGACAAUUAACUGAAGAGUGUAUUCUUCGGGGUUAUUAAAGCAUGAGUAUUAAUAAAUUUACUGGUUAGUAAUGUGUAAAAUAUCUUACUGAGAGUAUGGAUGAUUAUAUGUUUCAUAUGUAGUGUUAUGUACACAGACAUAUAUAUGUUUAAUGUGACAGUUGAUUUAAGGAUAUAACAGCUUCUAAUGUUAAGGGAUAAGCACUGCAUAUGUUAUAAAAUAUCUGAAGUAUAGCAUAGUCAUUUACUGGACAUCAGUAGACAGACCAAGACCCAAAUCAGAUGAUGAGUGUGGAUCUCAUGUUCAUAUUAAUGUAAAAUUGAUGGAAUCGGUUUGGUUAAUUUUUCAGUAAGACAUGCUGACCAAGGUCUGAUAUUUACACAGAAAAAUCAGUACAUGCUACAGUUGUAUGAUUUGAGGUUUUCACAGCGGUGAGUAUGAAGAUUUCUGUCUUCUGGGUUGUUGCGCUGUGCGCCCUGAUGACGGAGGCACCUCUGAAACGUUGGUAAACAUCUACCAGACUACACAGCGCAACAACCCAGAAGACAGAAAUCUACAUGCUACAGUUCUGUGAUAUUCAGUUUAUUUUGAGAGUGUAAGUCCUGUGGAGCAGAAUUUUCAUUGUUAUUGUAUUAGUCAGCCCUACUUGUUUGCCAUUUACAUAGAUGCCAUAUUUAUGUGCAGAAUCUUCUGCAUUCUGAACUGUUUAUGUUAAUGUAUGAGUUUGUUUGUUUGUUUUUAAAUAGUUUUAAUGUGUUUAUGAGUGUUAACUUAAUGUUGUACAGGUUUUAUAUAAAGUAAUAAUAAUAAUAAAUACUAUUGUGUUCUUUUA